AUGGAUUCGAGUAAACGGCGAAAGAUAUUGGAGAAGAAGAAGAAGAUUAAUGACCUUAUAAAAAGAGCUUCUUCCGUACUCGAUCCUCUUUCUCCCUUUGAUUCCUUCCGCCGUUACACAAAAAAUGACUUAUCUGUGUACUUGGAAUCUGGGCGUGGAGAUAGACUUUCCUCGUCCCUGAAACAACACAUUCGAAAGCUCUUGAAGAAGAACAUGGAAGGAUUCUAUGGGUCUAAUUGGCCACUUCAAGCUAAGGUGAAACGUAAGGAGAAGUCUUCUGCAGACGCACGCUAUAUAUUUGUGCGGGAGCUGCGUGGUAAAGCUGAGGUGUCUACUCAAAGAAGUUGCGAGGAAGGGUGUGAUCAGAUUGCUGGAUUUUUGCAUUACCGGUUUACUCUAGAGGAAGAGAUACCUGUUCUCUAUGUGUAUGAGAUUCAGCUGGAAUCUCGGAUUCAAGGAAAAGGAUUGGGAGAGUUUUUAAUGCAGUUGAUAGAGCUCAUUGCUUCCAAGAAUCAGAUGAGUGCUAUCGUGCUGACUGUUCAAACAUCCAAUGCAUUGGCAAAGACUUUCUACAUGAACAAGCUAGGAUACAGAAUAUCAAGCAUUUCACCAUCGAAAGCUAAUCCGACUUUCUCGGCCAAGUAUGAGAUACUUUGCAAAACAUUUGAUUUUGAAGCUAAAUCUGUGUUGGAGAAUGAUGAAGAACCAUCCAGAGAUUGCGUAUCAACCAUGGAAUAACUCAUAGUUUUCUUACGACACCGAGUCUUGUGAUAAGGUACAGUUAUAUAACAGACGCAGAUGAAGACUUUGGUUACUUCGAUGGCAGUUCAUACUCCACACCAAGAGACAGAAACCCAAUGCUCCAAUGCCUGUUGAAGUAAUUUGUGCUGUCAAGAACACCAUUCUUAAAAUCUGAAGACUAUUUUUUGGUUAGCUGUGAGUAUUUGUAUGGUUUAUUAACCCUUUGGAAGAGAUUGUACAGAGUUGGCAAUUAGGACUUGGGAGUGAUUAGAGUGAGAAACGAAUCUUGUACUGGGUUUGGAUAUUUUUGAAUCAGAGAUAUCAAUUUGACAACGUUUCUAUUCAAAAUUGCCUUUCAAAUGUUGAAU